UGUCAAUUCUGUUAGUCUAUGAUUGUAUGAUUAUACAGCAAAUUUCAUUAUUUGUAACAAUAUUGAACAAAACAUUUAUUCAUUUAAUAACUCAUAAACAAUUAAAUAAAAAUGGUCUUAGAAAGUACUAUGAUCUGUGUGGACAAUAGUGAUUACAUGAGAAAUGGAGAUUUUCUGCCCACGAGACUCCAAGCACAGCAAGAUGCUGUAAACCUGGUAUGUCACUCUAAAACUCGUUCAAAUCCUGAAAACAAUGUUGGUUUGCUGACAUUGGCAAAUGUCGAGGUUCUAGCCACUUUAACUAGUGAUGUCGGUCGUAUAUUGUCGAAACUGCAUCGUGUACAACCCAAUGGAGACAUUAAUUUAUUAACUGGAAUAAGAAUCGCUCACUUGGCACUGAAGCAUCGUCAGGGAAAGAACCAUAAAAUGCGUAUUGUAGUAUUCGUCGGCUCUCCUGUGAACACUGAUGAGAAGGAGCUCGUUAAACUCGCCAAGAAAUUAAAGAAAGAAAAAGUAAAUUGCGACGUUGUUUCUUUUGGUGAGGACUCUGACAAUAAUCCCCUCUUAACAUCAUUUGUUAAUACCUUAAACGGCAAAGAUAAUACAUCUGGAGGAAGUCACCUUGUGUCUGUGCCCGCUGGGGGGUGUAUAGUUCUGUCUGAAGCUCUCAUAACCAGUCCACUAAUUGGUGGUGAUGGAGCCGGUCCAUCUGGCUCUGGACUAUCACCAUAUGAAUUUGGUGUUGAUCCCAAUGAAGAUCCAGAACUCGCCCUAGCUCUCCGUGUGUCUAUGGAAGAACAGAGACAACGCCAGGAGGAGGAAUCGCGGCGCCAACAGACUACUACUGAAGGAGAGGCUGGGAAGACAGAAACUGAAAACACUGGCAUGGAGCGGGCUCUUGCCAUGUCAUUGGGCCGUGAAGCCAUGGAAUUGUCGGAGGAGGAACAAAUUGCUCUUGCUAUGCAAAUGAGCAUGCAGCAAGAUGCUCCACCAGCGGCUGAAGAGAGCAUGGAUGUCUCUGAAGAGUAUGCUGAAGUAAUGAAUGACCCGGCAUUCCUACAAAGUGUAUUGGAAAACCUACCUGGAGUGGAUCCCCAGAGUGAGGCCAUUAGGAAUGCCAUGUCUCACCUUAAGAAAGAUAAAGAUGACAAGGAUGACAAAGAAGAGAAAGAUGGAAAAGGAUCAUCAGGUUCCAAAGAGUAGUAAAACGACAUUUUUCAAUUUUUUUAAUCAAUAAUCAUUAUGCUCGUAAAGUUUAACAUUAGACAUAACAGCAGUGUUACUUUAAAUUUAUAAAAUACAGAAUAUUAUUUCAAUUAAUGAAGUUUACUUCCAUGAGAUCCAAUUCAGCCCUUCAAUUUUAUCAUAUCCUGAAAUAGAAAACCAUACUUUAAUCUCAGAUAUAUAAAUCACAAUAUUAAAUUAACAAUGAAAUUUAAA